AUGCCAAUCACUCCCGACGAGUUCCUCACCAACCAAUUCGACGAUGCCUUCGCAGCGGCCGUCCGCGAACACCAUGACGACAAAGAUACCCCCAACUACGACGAAGCCCAUCUCUCGCUCGACGAGAUGGCCUCAAUCCCGGGCCUUCCCAUCACCACCUACCACCUUCCCGAAGGCACUUACGCUGAGAGCACUACAUCUCCCACCCUUCGCGUAUCCAUCAUCGAUGCCUUCCACAAAGCCAUUGGCGACAAGAACACGGAAUUGGUCCAAGCCAUGGUCCAGCGCGGCAUAGUCUCACCCGACGUCCCCGACAUUAACGGCAAGACGCCUCUCGCCGACGCUGUGCGCGCCGAGAAUCUGUUCAUGGCAAAACUCCUGCUCGACCUCGGGGCCGACGUGAAUCUUCCCGAACAGCGGCGGACUCGCCUCCCACUGUGGCGGGAGAAGAAAUACUCCUCGUGUCCCCCAGAAUUGAACCGCACCCCACUCAUGUUGUGUGCCGAGGGUGGUCACCUGGCCAUGCUCCGACUCCUCAUGGAUGCUGAGGCUGAUGAUUCAGUUAUAGCCCCAGACGGACAGAUUGCGCUUCGACUGGCCUCCGCUGCGGGGCAUAGGAACCUAGUUGACGCUCUCCCUUCUCGGCGAGGAGGUGAAUGGCGGCGUUGGAAACACCAUAGCGAAAAGGCCGUGCAUCACGCCAAGAUGACCGGAUACGGCAUCUACAUCUUCGUCAAGUUCUUCGCCUGGUCACUCCCUAAGUUUUUCAUCUGGGACCUACCCAAACCUCUAGCCAAAGCUAUUGGCCGCAGCUUGAUGGACACGGGCCAGGCGUUGGGAAGACUCGGGGUCAAGAUUGGGCGCGAGAUGAUUCGCUUGCCACACCACUUGAAGGUGGCGGGGGAGCACUUGCUUGUAGGGCUUAAGCGUUUACCGGACGCCCUAGUUAGGGCGGGGACGGCGCUCGCCGCCCUCCUCAAGAAGCUCUCGCUGGCGGUGUGGCAGAUGAUCAAGGCCACUCCACACUGGGUUGGCAAGCAGGUCAAGGCGGCGGCCAAGGCAGGGCGGUGGUGUGGACGUAAGAUCGCUGCGGCUCCGGGGGCCAUGUGGCGCACAUCCAAGGCGUUCGCGAAAUGGACGAAGAGGCGGGCCAAGGACAUGGCGGCGUUUAUGCUUGAUAUCGGGCGCUGGCUCUGGCGAUGUAUCCGCGCCAUUCCCUCCGCUCUCGUGAUUGUUGGGAACUGGCUCAAGACGUCCACCACAGCGAUCGGACGCGCUUUAACUAGCCUCCUCGCUCAACCUAUUGCCCUUCUCCAUACCGCCGCCAUGGCUGUUAUUUCGCUCAUCAGCCGUGCGAGAAACGUCACCUUCCGAGACCUGCUCAACGCCUUCACGGCCUUGAUUUCCGCCAUUAUCGACUUGCCGAGGCAGAUUUGGGGUGCUCUCCGCGCCCUGCACAAGGUCGCUCUCGAGGUCGUCGAAAAGGUGUUUGGAGGUGUUGGGGUCAUAGUUUACUGGAUUGUAUGGCUCAUCGUCCAGGCAGCCAUCUUCGUGCCCCGCAAACUUGGGGUCAUUCUCCUUGUGGCUGGCAGCUCGAUCAAGAAGGGCGCGCACGAGGUGGCCGUGUUGAUCAACCCCAAGUUCUAG